UGUGCAAUCACAUAUACACCCGACUUAACUGAUCGAAGACGCUCCACGUUUCAGCGUUUGACCGCUACACGCUUGUAUAUACUUUGAGAAGGCCGAAAAAUAAACAUUGGGAGACCUUCUUCACAGAAUUAGAGAAGUCGGUUGAACUGCAGCACGUGUCAUUCUGAAGUUUAAACUGACGCCGAAGAGUAAACUCAGGUUGGACAUGCCAGGAGCGGCCAGACUGCGGGUGUAGUCACUGAGCAGCUGCAGUGUGAGGGGGAGGGAAGAAGAUGGGUGAGACCAAGGACGAGAAGAGCUCCCAGGCUGGGCAGCUCUUUGAGAACUUUGUUCAGGCCUCCACAUGCAAGGGCACCCUGCAGGCCUUCAACAUUAUGUGUCGGCAACUGGAGCUGGACCCAAUGGACCACAAGAACUUCUACAGCAAGCUGAAGGCCCAGGUUACUACCUGGAAGGCUAAAGCCCUAUGGAGCAAGCUGGACAAGAGAGCUGCCCACAAAGAGUACAAGAAGGCAAAGGCUUGCACCAGCAAAAAGUGCCUGAUCAUUGGAGGUGGCCCCUGUGGCCUGCGCACAGCAAUCGAGCUGGCCUUGCUGGGAGCCAAAGUGGUGGUGAUUGAGAAGAGGGACGCCUUUUCUAGGAACAACGUGCUGCAUCUCUGGCCCUACACCAUCCAUGACCUGAGGGCCCUGGGUGCCAAGAAGUUCUACGGAAAGUUCUGUGCUGGAGCCAUAGACCACAUCAGUAUUCGUCAGCUACAGCUCAUUCUGCUGAAGGUCUGCUUGAUCAUGGCUGUGGAGGUCCAUGUCAACAUAGAGUUCAUCAAGCUGCUGGAGCCCCCAGAAGACCAGGAGAAUGAAGGGCCUGGGUGGAGGGCUGAGAUCUUGCCUGGCGAUCACCCCGUUUCCAGCUUUGAUUUUGACGUGGUGGUGGGGGCAGACGGACGUAGAAACACACUGGAGGGAUUCAGAAGAAAAGAGUUCCGCGGGAAGCUGGCCAUCGCCAUCACCGCCAACUUCAUUAACAGGAACACCACUGCUGAGGCCAAGGUGGAAGAGAUCAGUGGAGUGGCUUUCAUCUUCAACCAAAAGUUCUUUCUUGAGCUGAAGGAGGAGACAGGGAUUGAUCUGGAGAACAUUGUGUACUACAAAGACAACACUCACUACUUUGUCAUGACAGCCAAGAAGCAGAGCCUGCUGGACAAAGGAGUCAUCAUUCAUGACUACAAUGACACAGAGAUGCUCCUGAGCUGUCAGAAUGUCAACCAGGAGGCCCUGCUGUCCUAUGCACGUGAGGCGGCUGACUUUGGUACAAACUACCAGCUGCCAUCUCUGGACUUCGCCAUGAACCACAACGGACAGCCAGAUGUGGCAAUGUUUGACUUUACCUGCAUGUAUGCCUCAGAGAAUGCGGCGCUGGUGCGGGAGAGCGUUGGCCACCAGCUCCUGGUGGCACUUGUGGGAGACAGCCUGCUGGAGCCCUUCUGGCCCAUGGGCACUGGGUGUGCACGUGGGUUCUUGGCAGCCUUCGACACAGCAUGGAUGGUGAGGAGUUGGGCACAGGGCAGAGCACCCCUUGAGAUACUAGCAGAGAGGGAAAGCAUUUACAGACUUUUGCCCCAGACAACCCCUGAAAACAUCAGCAAGAACUUUGAACAGUACACCAUUAACCCAGCCACCCGGUACCCCAACCUCAACUCUAACUGUGUCAGGCCACAUCAGGUGAGCCACCUGUUCAUCAAUGGGGAGAUGUCGCCAUGCUCACUAGUGCGAGCCAGCUCAAUGCGCAAACCAGUUAAUCUCUCCCGACAGGAGUCAGAUGUACGACCUAGCCGGCUGUUGACCUGGUGCCAGAAGCAGACGGAAGGCUACAAGAACGUAAACGUGUUAGACCUCACCACCUCCUGGAAGAGUGGCCUUGCACUGUGUGCUCUCAUUCACCGCUUCAGGGCUGAUCUCAUUGACUUUGACUCGCUAAAUGAGGAAGACUCGGCGAAGAACAACCAGUUGGCCUUCGAUAUUGCUGAGCACGAGUUUGGCAUCUCACCUGUGACAACAGGGAAAGAGAUGGCAACCAACCAGGAGCCAGACAAGCUGAGCAUGGUCAUGUACCUCUCCAAGUUCUAUGAGAUGUUCCGGGGCACACCAAUACCUGUCAGAGGUCCCAGAGUAGAGACUGAUGAAAACAAUGAGGACUGUUCAUCAAAGCCGGCCAACUCUGUUUACAGCUUGAUGAACCUAAGGCAGCCGCGAAAACGGAUACCUAAGGACGACAAGAAGCUAGAGGACAAUGACUCCGCAAACAAAAAAAGACGAAAGGGCGGCAGUUAUUUAGAAGAGGCAACCAACCUCUCCAGUCAGAGUGCUCCCUCUGUGGGUGAAGGCGGAGAACAGAAGGAAAACAAAGUCAGGUCCAUGGUAACCCAACUGCUGGCCAAAAUUGAGAAGAACGACCCCAACAGCAUUCACAGACAGUCUGAGCCUGACAUCAAUCUUGCUAAGCCGCCAAGACCACCCUCUCUCGACAUGGCCGAGAACCCGCGAUUCGCUCAGCCCAAGGCUCAAGCCCCUCCCCCCCCUCCACCCAAAUGGCAGUUUCAGUCAUCCGACAGCAUGAAAUAUGCAGUGGGGCUCGCUGUUCCGCCCCUGGCCAGCCCACAGCACAUUCCCAGGAAACCCAAACAGGCUGAUCAAACACGCGCACCACCGCCGUCACUGUCAUCGGAGAGCACACCCAACCCAGAUUACCCAGACUCCCCGGCUUCCUGCCGAUCCACCUUCCUGGCUGUGUCAGGAAUGCUCCAGCGUCUCCAACGGCUGGAGGAGAAGAUCAGCCAGAAGAAAGCUCAGACCCAAAAUGCUAGAGAGUUUCACAAAAAGAGUAUAAAGGAGAAGGCGGUCCACCUGUGCUCACUCUUCUCAGGGCACAAGGCUGAGUCUCCCCAGACAGGCUUGCCUGCCCCCAGGCUCCCCACCACCAGGCCCAAAAUCACCCCAGCCUGCCUUCCCCCAGAAUCCUCUAUUUUCCAUUUCACUUCUCAUGACUCCGCUUCAUCUCCUUCAUGCCAACAGCAGGAGCUAGAUAUGCACCCUACUAAGAAAGGCGAAUCCAGUGAGCAGUUGAGUGAGGCACAUGUGUGCAAUGGCAUUGCCACAUCAUAUCUGCUCUUUAAAACACAGACCAACAGAUCUGAGUCCAACCCAGCUCAGUCCUUAAACUCCUCCAAACAGAGGACUGUGGGGAAGGUGUCCUUGGUCAUUGGCACAAUGGCUGAAACAAUAGUCACCCUUUAUGAAAACGAUCACAGGCCCAAAGCUGCUUUUUCGCCUGCCUCCUCGGUUCCCAUGUUGAAGCAGCUUCCUCAGAACUUUGGUGGCAGUGACAUAUGUCACUUCUGCAAAAAGCGUGUGUACGUUAUGGAGCGGCUCAGCGCUGAAGGACGAUUCUUCCACAGGGAGUGUUUUCGUUGUCACACCUGCAGCACCCUAUUGAGCCUGGGUAGAUACACCUUUGACCCCGAGCACGGCAAGUUCUACUGUACUGUUCAUUUUGCGCAAAGGAAGUCUAGAAUGAACACUCGGACUGUUGAACCACAAAAGGACACGAAAGCUAGACCCCUGGAGGGCACCGGGAUGCCAUCUACUGAUAGCACCGACACCUGCUUUACCACGGGCAGCCUACGGAGCCAGCCCCCAGAAGCUACUUAUCCUCCUGAAGGCCAUGCAAGAGCUGUCUCUUGUUCUUCCAGGCACCUCUGAAGAUGCUAAUUUGACCUAUUUGACAAAAAUAUUACCAAUUUUGUCCUGUACGUUUAAGGCUGUAUUUAUAAUAAU